AUAAAGCCCUGCUGGGCACUGCUGGGCAUCUCUUUCAAGGUUUCUGCUGGGUUUCUGAACUGCUGGGUUUCUGCUUGCUCCUCUAGAGAUGCAGCGUCUGUUGACUCCAGUGAAGCGCAUUCUGCAACUGACAAGAGUGAUGCAGGAAACCUCCCUCACACCUGCUCGCCUGCUCCCAGUAGCCCACCAAAGGUUUUCUACAGCCUCUGCUAUCCCCCUGGCCAAAACAGAUACUUGGCCAAAGGACGUGGGCAUCCUGGCCCUGGAGGUCUACUUCCCAGCCCAAUAUGUGGACCAAACUGACCUGGAGAAGUAUAACAAUGUGGAAGCAGGAAAGUAUACAGUGGGCUUGGGCCAGACCCGUAUGGGCUUCUGCUCAGUCCAAGAGGACAUCAACUCCCUGUGCCUGACAGUGGUGCAACGGCUGAUGGAGCGCAUACAGCUCCCAUGGGACUCUGUGGGCAGGCUGGAAGUAGGCACUGAGACCAUCAUUGACAAGUCCAAAGCUGUCAAAACAGUGCUCAUGGAACUCUUCCAGGAUUCAGGCAAUACUGAUAUUGAGGGCAUAGAUACCACCAAUGCCUGCUACGGUGGUACUGCCUCCCUCUUCAAUGCUGCCAACUGGAUGGAGUCCAGUUCCUGGGAUGGGCUGAGGGGAACCCAUAUGGAGAAUGCAUAUGACUUCUACAAACCAAAUUUGGCCUCGGAGUACCCAAUAGUGGAUGGGAAGCUUUCCAUCCAGUGCUACUUGCGGGCCUUGGAUCGAUGUUACACAUCAUACCGUAAAAAAAUCCAGAAUCAGUGGAAGCAAGCUGGCAGCGAUCGACCCUUCACCCUUGACGAUUUACAGUACAUGAUCUUUCAUACACCCUUUUGCAAGAUGGUCCAGAAGUCUCUGGCUCGCCUGAUGUUCAAUGACUUCCUGUCAGCCAGCAGUGACACACAAACCAGCUUAUAUAAGGGGCUGGAGGCUUUCGGGGGGCUAAAGCUGGAAGACACCUACACCAACAAGGACCUGGAUAAAGCACUUCUAAAGGCCUCUCAGGACAUGUUUGACAAGAAAACCAAGGCCUCCCUUUACCUCUCCACGCACAAUGGGAACAUGUACACCUCAUCCCUGUAUGGGUGCCUGGCCUCGCUUCUGUCCCACCACUCUGCCCAAGAACUGGCUGGCUCCAGGAUUGGUGCCUUCUCUUAUGGCUCUGGUUUAGCAGCAAGUUUCUUUUCAUUUCGAGUAUCCCGGGAUGCUUCUCCAGGCUCUCCCCUGGACAAGUUGGUGUCCAGUACAUCAGACCUGCCAAAACGCCUAGCCUCCCGAAAGUGUGUGUCUCCUGAGGAGUUCACAGAAAUAAUGAACCAAAGAGAGCAAUUCUACCAUAAGGUGAAUUUCUCCCCACCUGGCGACACAAACAGCCUUUUCCCAGGUACUUGGUACCUGGAGCGAGUGGACGAGCAGCAUCGCCGAAAGUAUGCCCGGCGUCCCGUCUAAAGGUGUUCUACAGAUCCAUGGAAAGCUUCCUGGGAAACGUAUGCUAGCAGAGCUUCUCCCUGUGAAUCAUAUUUUUAAGAUCCCACUCUUAGCUGGUAAAUGAAUUUGAAUUGACAUGGUAGCCCCAUAAGCAUCAGCCCUGUAGAGUGAGGUGCCAUCCCUAGCGGGCCCUUCAUUCCUCUCCAUGCUGCAAUCACUGUCCUGGGCUUAUGGUGCUAUGGGCUACGGGUCCUUUGUGAAAGAGCAAGAUGGAGCAAUGGAGAGAAGACCUCUUCCUGAAUCACUGGCCUCCAGAAAUGUGCAUGCAGAUCAGCUGUUGCCUUCAAGAUCCAGAUAAACUUUCCUGUCAUGUGUUAGAACUUUAUUAUUAUUAAUAUUGUUAAACUUCUGUGCUAUUCCUGUGAAUCUCCAAAUUUUGUACCUUGUUCUAAGCUAAUAUAUGGCAAUUAAAACGAGAGAAAGAGGAAAUGAUUCCUGUGUUUCUUGGAACCCAGAAUACAAACCCAGCUAACAUGCAGCAAGCCUACUAGACCUCGUGGGUCAGAGGGCUGGGUCCUCACCUCACAGGCUGCCUCUGUCCCCCUGCAAUUCCAUUCUAUUUCUGCCACAUGCCAAGUGCUGUGAACAGGUACAAGGCAAAUAAGAACGGUAGAACACAGCUUCCCCCAGCCCACUUCCCUGAUCUAAACACACCACAUAGACAGAGAGCAGCAGACAGAGGCCAGCAGGAGCUGUAGUUCAGAUCUUCUUGGUCAUUCCUUGCCGCUGUUAUUUGAACGAAUAAACACAGGGCAAAGGUUAACAAGUUUUUGCCUUCUAUAGCCAAAAAUAAAAAAAUAAAUAAAUUUUGA